GAAAGACUUUUGACUCCGGAACAGAACUUUCUUUCCUUUUAUCUCUUCCUCUCUCUUGCCCUCUUGGCCCAAACCCCCAAACCAUGUGAUUGUGUACAUUGAAAUGCCUAUAAAUCUCUGAUUUCCUCUCUAUAGCGUCUCUUUCGGCGCCCUAGAGCCUUCUUUUCUUUCCUGCUCUCUCUGUCUAAAAUCUCAUCUGCCAUGGCUUCAGCUUCGCCCUCCCAAGCCAGCCUUCUUCUCCAAAAACAACUUAGAGAUCUCUGCAAAAACCCCGUUGAUGGUUUCUCAGCUGGCUUGGUGGACGAAAACAAUCUUUUCGAAUGGAGCGUAACGAUUAUUGGACCUCCUGAUACUUUGUACGAAGGGGGCUUUUUCAAUGCUAUAAUGAGUUUUCCUCAAAAUUACCCAAACAGUCCUCCUGCUAUGAGAUUUACCUCAGAGAUCUGGCAUCCUAAUGUAUACACCGACGGCAAGGUUUGCAUUUCAAUUCUUCAUCCCCCUGGUGAUGAUCCAAAUGGUUAUGAGCUUGCUAGUGAGCGUUGGUCACCUGUCCAUACGGUGGAGAGUAUAGUUUUAAGUAUCAUAUCCAUGCUUUCAGGCCCUAAUGAUGAGUCUCCUGCUAAUGUGGAAGCUGCUAAAGAAUGGAGAGAAAACAAGGAUGAAUUCAGGAAAAAGGUGAGCCGAUGCGUAAGGCGGUCACAAGAGAUGAUGUAGGCUUGACAAGUGCGAAUUCUUGCUCCAAAAGGUCGUGGUUGCCAAGAAUUGAUGGCUGGCUGCCUCAGCAACCGACUGUCUUCUAUUUCUUUUUGCUGUUGAUCGAUACCCGAUGUAGAAUUGCUGUCAGGGUCAUACUCGCUUUUUUUUUCUUUUUUUUUUUUUUUUUUUUCUUUCUUUUUUUUGGUUUUCUUCAUAUUUUGUUAAAACAUACAUUUUAAAGGUGAACUGCCUUUAAAAAAAUCAAAAUUUUUUGGAACUUGGUUUGACUUGAUGAUGAUCAACUUCGUGAUUGAUGGUGUUUGUGUA